AUGGGUUCCGGGUGCUGCUCAGGCGAUAACAUCGCCCCUCGUGGAGACUCGUCUCCUGCCGUUGUUGCAGCCAGCACUGGCUGCUUUGGCACCACUGACACUGGGCCUGGUGCAGAUCCCGCCAAGUCGUGUUCUUCUUCUCUGACCUCGGAGGUCGACGACAAGGACAACGACUGCAAGGAAGGCGGUUCCUGCUGUGGCAAUAAACCUACUAAACCAAAUCUCAACGCCUGCCAAGACGAUUGCUGCUCUGACUCAAAGGAAACCAGUCUCGAUAAACCGGUUUCUGAUGGCUGCAAGGACGGCUGCUGUUCUGUUGAAUCCAGGGAGGCCGGUCCCGUCAAAACAGCCCUUGACGCCUGCAAAGACGGCUGCUGUGGUGAUCAGCCUAAGGAGGUCGGAUUCGUCCAACCAACCCCUGACGCCUGUAAAGACGCCUGUUGCUCUGAUCCAAGGGAGGCCAGCCUUGAUAAAACGGCUCCCUCCGACUGCAAGGAUGGUUGCUGUUCUGUUGAGUCGAAGGAGGUUGUUCCCGUUAACAUAGUCCCUAAUGCCUGCCGAGACGGUUGCUGCUCUGAUUCAAAGGAAACCAGUCUCGAUAAAACAAUUUCGGAUAUCUGCAAGGACAAUUGCUGUUCUGUUGAACCGAAGGAGGUCGCUCCCGUCAAAACAGCCCCUGACGCCUGCAAAGACGCUUGCUGUGGCGAUCAGCCCAAGAACAAGAACCUCAGCGAAGAAACCGCCAAAUCAUGUGAGGACGCCUGCUGCGCCGACGAAAAUGGUGCUUGUUCGACAGAAAAACCAGCUGCUUCUUGCAGUGAUGGAUGCUGUGAUAAGAAGGCUCAGGCAAACACCUGCGAAAGUCAGACAAAGGCUUCCGCAGGCUGCUGUGGCGGCGAGAAAGAUGCUUGCGGCAACGAGAACCGCUCGCCCAGCAUCAGCUCCGAUGCAACCACUUGCUGCGAAGACGAGGAAAAGUGUGACGAAAAAUGCAUUUGGGCCGUCGCGGCCAUGGAGUGCGAGAAGGCUUGCGACGAGGAUAUCGAUCACAACGAAGCCGAAGGCCACCACCAUGCCCACGACAAAGACGGCCAACACCUUAACUCCGCUUGUACAUCCCAUCUCCAGAGCGCAAUGAGCCGCUACGAAGCAUACAUCGAACAAGCCCGAUGCAUCUGCCGCAGCAUCUUGAACAGUGGCCUCACCCAGACCUCCUGCUGUGCUGCUCGUAGGGCGGCUGCUCCUCAGGCCAAAAACAAGGUGACCUGCUCCAGCGGUGUAUCGACUUCCAAGACGAGCAGAACGCUCCGACAGGAGCCGCAGGCCAAGUCGCAAUGCGGAAGCAAAACCGAUGACUUGCCCAUCACCACCGCGAAGGUGAACGAGUCUAGCUGCUGCACUACUCAAAAACAAAGAGCAAACGCACCAAAUGUCGCAGCCAGGGCCUCGCCCCCUGAUCUCCGCGGAUCCCGGGAGAAGCAGAAGGAUCUCGAGGAGUGCUCUGGUAUCGAGAUGGUCGCCGUCAGCGUCAACGGCAUGACUUGUUCAGGCUGCGGCGACAAAUUGACGCGAAUUCUCAAGGCUACUCCGGGUGUCUCUGAAGUACGCGUCAAUUUCGUCAUGAGCAACGCCGACUUCAGUGUCGACUUAUCUGUCAACAAAGCCAAGGACGUCAUCAAAGCUGCUGAGGGUUCGACUGGUUUUCAGAUAACCCGACUGGCAGGCGGGGACUUUCACCUCGAUGUAUUGGCCUCGGGACUUGCCGCAAGAGCCUUCGUCGACGAGCCAACGGAUGGAAUCAUGGAUGCCAUGAUCCUCGACAAGAAAACCGUGAGGCUGUCGUAUGAUCCAAGUUUUAUCGGCGCCCGCGAUUUGUUUGACAAGAUUCACGAUCGCACGGAGGGUCUCGCGCCACCUCAGGCCGACCCGUCUUUGGCGAGUGGGCGCAAAAGAUUAUUCGACCAGCUACUGAAGACUUGUUUGGCCGCUGUAUUGACCAUCCCGGUCGUGGUACUUGCAUGGGGCGACAACCUCGUUGACGACAAGACCAGAGCCUAUGUGUCGAUCGUCCUGGCAACGCUCGUGCAGUUCAUCGCGGUACCCGAGUUUUACCAACCAGCGCUCUCCGCUCUUGUUUUCAGUCAUGUUCUCGAGAUGGACAUGCUAGUCGUCAUAAGCAUCACAGCAGCAUAUCUAUACUCGAUUGUUGCCUUUGGUUUUCGCAUGGCCAACAAACCGCUGGAAACAAAGGAGUUCUUCGAGACCAGUACCCUGCUCAUUACCUUGAUCCUUCUCGGCCGUCUGAUUGCAACAUAUGCCAGGGUCAAGGCUGUUGGGGCUGUGUCCAUGCGAUCUCUGCAGUCCAGCAAUGCAGUAUUGGUGGAAGAAGGCAAGGACCUUGAGAUUGAUGCCCGUCUUCUUCAGUACGGCGACACAUUCAAGAUUCCGCCGCACAGCCGUGUGGUGACGGACGGGUUUGUGCUCUCAGGCCACAGCGAGGUCGAUGAGUCGAUGCUGACAGGCGAGUCAAUCCCUGUCCCCAAGCAAUCGGGAGACUACGUCAUUGCUGGAACGGUCAACGGCGACGGGGUCAUCACCGCCCAGCUCACUCGUCUCCCCGGCAAGAACACGGUCACAGAUAUUGCACAGAUGGUCGAGGAGGCCACCAAUUCGAAGCCCAAGAUUCAAGACCUAGCCAACAAAGUGGCCAGCUGGUUUGUGCCAGUAGUUUCUGCCGUUGCUGUCCUUGUCGUUAUCAUCUGGGUCGUGAUCGGUCUUCGUGUACGCAACGAGAAGACCGGCAGGGCUGUUGCUGACGCCAUCACGUAUGCUGUGGCGGUACUUGCUGUAUCUUGUCCCUGUGCUCUCGGCCUGGCCGUUCCCAUGGUCCUUGUCAUUGCAGGCGGCAUCGCUGCCCGAGGUGGAAUCAUCAUCAAGUCAGCAGACUGCACUGAAAGUGCUCGUAAGUGCACUGAUGUCAUCUUUGACAAGACAGGUACCAUCACCGAGGGCGACUUGUACGUGGUGGCCGAGGAGGUUUCGAGUGGUGCCGACGAGGAAGAAGCUCUUGCACUUGCCAAGGCUCUCGUCGCGGGGGGUAAACAUCCCGUGUCAGCAGCGACAGAGAGACAUCUCGAAGGCCGCGCGGUCCAAUCCCUUGCCGCUGUCAUCGAUGUUCGUGUUGUGCCUGGCGCAGGGGUCGAGACAAGGUUCAACGACGCGGUGGGCAUCCCGGCAGACAAAGUGGCGGCGGAGAAGGACUCCGUCGGAGAAGCGCGACUACGUGGCGGCCGUCAUGGAAGACAGGCGCAAGUACGUCAUAUUCUGCGGAGACGGGACCAACCGACGCGGUCGCAGUGGCGGAGGCGCACGUCGGCGCGCAGAUGGGGGGUACCGCUCUCAUCGAGCGACGUGACGCAGGGCGCAGCCGACGUGAUCCUCUUGGCGGGCCUCGACGGGAUUCCGUUCCUCCUCGACGUCAGCCAGGCCUCGUUCAACCGCAUGGUGUUCAACUUUGCGUGGUCGGCGGUGUACAACGUGCUUGCAAUUCUGCUGGCGGCCGGGGCGUUUGUGCGCGUUCGAAUCGAGCCGGCGUAUGCUGGCUUGGGCGAGAUUGUCAGUGUGCUGCCGGUGAUACUUGCGGCGCUGUCGAUGCUUCUGCUCAACAUUCGCGGCAAGCACCAGCAGUAG